UCUACGAAUCGACGAUGAUCGUUGUCUCUUUAUUUUUUUGCUUCUGAUUUCACAUUUUGUUUGGUUGCGGAGAAAACCAACGAAAAACAUUACCGAGGAAAUUUUAAUCUUAUGAGUCCUUUUUUCGUUUGCUUGUUGACCUAACCUCAAAAUGAAAAAACCCAUGCUAGCUAAUUCAAUUUAACCGUUUAUGGCUCAUGUAAUAAGUACGGCUCUUUAUUUCCUCGUCCAAUCCCGAAGUUAUUUUUUACAUUUUCUCUGCGACCAAACGGAGCCUUCCGGUUCUUACAAUGUGGUUGUUUUGUAUUUUUUUUAAUAUAUAUGUGUUUAGUAAUUUUAUUCAAGUUUUUUUUGAUUUUUUUCCUGGGUAUAACUUCCAUUUUUUUUUAUUGGUUGCAAGAUCAUGAGCUCUUGAAUUAUGGGCUUUUAUUUGAUCGCAGUAUUGGAUUAGCUGAAAAGACAGUUGGAGGGAAAGUGAAAGGAACUGUUUAUGUAAUGGAUCAUGGUUAUUCAGAGGAAAGUGAUUCAAUGGUUGAUUUGGAAAGUGGUGAGAAAACAAGCGAAGAUGAUGGAAUUGAAGAUUUGGAUGUGGUUGGUAAGAAUGCAAAGAAAAUGUUGGGUAGUCCGAGGAGUGGAUGUAAUGGUUUUGGCGGAUCAGGGAGGGAUAUUGAUGGGUUGGGUUCGAGCAACAAUGUUUUACAGUCUGGUGACGUGGAGGGGAAGACAGCGGGUAUGGUGGAGAUGAAAAUGGCAAAAGAGAAAAGGAGAAUUAGGAGCUUUAAGAAGCCUCCCAAACCGCCUCGUCCUCCUAAUAGUCCGUCAUUGGAUGUAGCAGAUAUGAAGUUGGUCAGAGAAAUUUAUGAGCUUGCAAGAUUGAGGCGUGCAAGGAUUGAAAGAAGGAAGGAAAUAAAGAAAAGGAGAGCAGGUAAAGCAUCAUCGUCAAAUGCUAACCUUAUUGCGCUGGUCAUCACCACACUCUUCUGCUUUGUCAUAAUCUUCCAAGGUAUCUUGGGGUCUCGUGUGUGAUGUAUCUAGACGUGUUAGUCUUCACUUGGUACCAAGUACAUUCAUGUAUAUCUGCUUUUUGACCCUUUUGUCCUUUCUCUCCGCUGUUAUUGUUUUGGUUUGGCUUUGCAAUCCAUAUUACAAUUUUAUUCCAUAUUGGAUGAUAUCUCAGAAAAGCAACCCGUCCUGAAUUGAUAAAUAUCAAUGCUACUCGUUUCUAGUUCCUUUUUUUGCUAGGACUUGUGCAAAUGUUCGUAAUUCUUUGUUAUGUAGCUUCAAAGUACCGCUCUUUUAUACAUUUGUGUGAUUGUAGACGACAUAAUGGGAUUUACCAACCAAGGAAAUAUAUAAGAACACUGACUUCACAUCCAUGCUCUCUCUCUCUCUCUCUCUCUGGUUGUGUAUCUGUCUAUCUAUCCAUCUGUUUAUCUAUUUAUCUUUCUGUCUCUAUCCUUGAAUGACCAAUUCUGUAGGCAAGCUCAUUUGUAACUUGAGAUAUUUUCAGAUGUUUGCUUUAGAAGCGUUCAAAGGUUAGUCUCCACAAAUUUCCUAAGUGUGCAAUGAUGGCAAUUGGUGGUGAGAUUCAAGUUGAGUACUUCAGCAUCCUUCUGCAAGGGAACCAAUGGACCCGAUUCUAGGUUUCCCAAGUAUGUUGCCCUGUAUGCAUUACAACUUUCAAUGUGCAAAGAUGUCUGUGCAAGUACUACCUGCAUUUUGGGGUAGGUUGGAACUCUGAAUCCUGAUUUGCAGAUACAUGAAAUUGGCCUCGAUUAUCCAAACUGGCCACGGUUAUCAUCUCACAGGGCACAAAGCACUAAGAGCUGGAUUCACAAGGAAUUUGACCACAGCCUGGCAGAACAUUGUUUCAGUUUUUGGUGGAAUAUCUGAUGUCAUGUGGCUAGACCUCGAGAAAUUUCUUCCCAUUGCGUUUAUGAUAACUGAGUGUAAUAUUAUCAUAUACUAUAUAUAUAAUGCUAUAUGGUAGGUUCCCAUUCCA